AGAGAGAGAGAGAGAGAGAGAGAUGCACUCCUGCCUACUUCUCUUAUCAAGCCUUCAGUCAUUAAACUGGGUUUACCACACACACUCCUCACACACUCCUCACACGCACUGCAGUCUGGUCUGUCAGCUGCUGCUGCCGAUCUCAGUGGGGAUUGCUCAGCUUCAGAAGGGUUUCAGGAGGCAGAGGUAGAAGAUGUCUCAGGGCCGGGUGGCGAUAGACAUGGGGCUCAAUGGAGCCUCCAAACAACAGUCUGCAGGUUUGGGCCAGCAGCGACGCGGCGCCACCGUCAGCUUCCACAACAUCGACUACAAGGUGACCAUGGGAGGAAACUGCCUGUGUCGGAAGAAGGGGACGACCAAAGACAUCCUCAUUGACCUGAAUGGGAUCAUGAAGCCGGGUCUGAACGCCAUCAUGGGAGCGACAGGAAGUGGAAAAUCAUCGUUUCUGGACGUGUUGGCCGCGAGGAAGGACCCGGCCGGUCUGUCCGGAGAGGUUCUGAUCGACGGUGCUCACCAGCCUCCAAACUUCAAGUGUCUGUCGGGAUACGUGGUGCAGGACGACGUGGUGAUGGGGACUCUGACCGUGCGGGAGAACUUCACCUUCUCGGCGGCGCUGAGACUCCCCGCCGCCGUCUCUCAGAAGGAGAAGGAGCAGAAGGUGGAGACACUGAUUCAGGAGCUCGGGCUUGGACGGGUGGCCGACUCCAAGGUGGGCACUCAGCUGAUCCGGGGGAUCUCGGGGGGCGAGAGGAAGAGGACGAACAUCGGCAUGGAGCUGAUCAUCGACCCCCCCGUCCUCUUCCUGGACGAACCGACCACCGGCCUCGACGCCAGCACCGCCAACUCUGUCUUGCUGCUGCUAAAGAGGAUGGCUAACAGCGGGCGCACCAUCAUCCUCUCCAUCCACCAGCCCAGAUACUCCAUCUACCGUCUGUUCGACAGCCUCACGCUGCUGGUGCACGGCAAGCAGGUGUACCACGGCCCGGCUCAGACCGCUCUGGACUACUUCUCUGAAAUCGGAUACACCUGUGAGCCCCACAACAACCCAGCAGACUUCUUCCUGGACAUAAUCAACGGGGACUCCACCGCCGUCGCCCUCAAUAGCAAGGACGGAAGAGACGCUGACGUGCUGUCGACGUCGAUGCAGGGGAUCGAGGAUAAACUGGUGGAGGAAUACAGGAGCUGCAGCCACUACAGACAGACCAAAGCAGAGCUCGAGAGGAUAACGGAAGGGAAGAAGUCCUCCUCCUCCUCCUCCUCCUCUCGCUCAAGAACCAUCACCUACAACACCGGCUUCUUCACUCAGUUCCGAUGGGUUCUCAUAAGAACUUUCAAGAACCUCAUACUCAACCCGCAGACCUCCAUCGCUCAGGUAGCGGUGACGCUGUUCCUCGCUCUGAUCGUCGGAUUCAUUUUCUUCGGCGUCACGGACGAUCCGAGUGGGAUGCAGAACAGGAUGGGCGCCCUGUUCUUCGUCACGGUGAAUCAGUGCUUCAGCUCGCUGUCGUCCGCAGAGCUCUUCAUCUCAGAGAGGAAGCUCUUCAUUCAUGAGUACAUCAGCGGGUAUUACCGGGUGUCGGUCUACUUCCUGUGUAAGAUGCUGUCAGACAUCAUCACUCUGAGGACGAUCCCCGCCAUCGUGUUCAGCUGCGUGUCCUACUUCAUGAUCGGUCUGAAGCCCACGGUGGCGGCGUUCUUCACCUUCAUGUUCUCCGUCACCAUGGUUGCCUACACUGCCACCGCCAUGGCGCUCGCCAUCUCAGCUGACCAGACGGUGGUCGCCAUCGCCAACAUCUUCAUGACCAUCGCCUGCGUCUUCAUGAUGAUCUUCGCUGGUCUUCUCGUUAACCUGCCCUCCAUCGCCAGCUGGCUUGCCUGGCUCAAAUACUUCAGCAUCCCACGCUACGGCCUCGCUGCUCUGCAGGUCAACGAGUUCACGGGUCUGAAGUUCUGCGGCGGCUUCAACUCCACCAUCAUCCCACCGGGGAUCGCGUGUACAGGUGAGGAGUUUCUGGACAUUCAGGGAGUGGACUGGUCUGUUUGGGGUCUCUGGCAGAACCACGUGGCUCUGGGGGUCAUGACCUUCUGCUUCCUGACCAUCGCGUACCUCAAACUGCGCUUCAUUCGGAAGUUCACCUAGACCUUCAUCAUCACCUUCAUCAUCACUGUGAAGCCUGUGUGUGUGGCUCUGUGGGGUCGAUCUGUUCCCUCCGCUCUCACGCCGCAGUCUUCAGUGUGUUUGUUUGAUAAACUGAUUGAAUGAUUUAUUCUUUUUGCACGUCAAAGUUCAAGAGCCAAAGAAGUGAUUUUUUCACACAAAUGCAAAAGUAUUAUAUUUAUAAAUGUGUACAAAAUAAAAUACUGAAUUUGA